GGGGCGCCAACAGGACAUAGCAUGGCAACCGCAGCCGCAGCUCGAGGGGCAAUGCCCCUGGUACGUCUGGAUCUCGGAAGCGUGCCAGAGGCAGGGGGUUCGCUCUCGGAACAUAUGAAGCUGGCAGCUUUGAGGUCCUCAUCCCCGGACACCUCGCCACCCCAAUCGCACGUGCGAUACAUACGUGUUCGCAAAUGCACGCACCUACAUCAACCCUAUCCAACAGCGCCCCCACCGCCCCCACCCACAAACCACCUCGGAAAAUUUGUAAGAGCGCUUCGGGCAACGACGCCGGGAUGGAGAGAUUCCGAGAACGACCACGAGCGACGAGAGGAGAUGGCCUCCGGAUUCUCCAUGCGGGCGCUCACGGGCGGCAUGACGAACGCGGUGUUUCGGUGUUCCAAGCCGGGCGGCGAGAACCAGACAGUGCUUCUUCGGAGCUACGGCAAGGGGACUGAGAUGUUCUUCAGCAGAGAGGCGGAGCUGAGAGCGUUCAAGCUUCUGGCAGAGCGGGGGUUCGGGCCGGACUUGUUGGCGACGCUCGGGGACGGGCGCGUUGAACAGUUCCUCGAGGGCAGGUCGCUGGGAGCUAUGGAUAUGCGAAAACCUGCUAUCUCCACCCUUAUCGCAAGACGAAUGUCCGAGCUCCACGGUCUGGAUAUCGAUGUCGGGAGCCGGACUCCUGUCAUCUUCGGAGCACUUGAGCGUUGCGGAAACGUCCACGGCGGGGUGGACGUCGUAGAGCUCGGCGGGCUCGCGGCCUCGCUACGACAGCGAUUGGAGAGCGGAGUGCCGUCCAAGAGCGGAAACAUCCUCUACAACGACAAGAGCAGUGCUUCUGCUAAGAUCCCGCCGAAACUCUCCGGUCCUACGGAAUCACCUCGGCCGGUUGUGUCCCUCAUCGACUACGAGUACGCCGGGUACAACCCCCGGGGUUUCGACGUGGGGAACCACUUUUGCGAAUGGAUGGCGGACUACUCGACCGCCGAGCCUCACGUGCUGAACCUUGAGAGAUACCCUUCGCCGCAGGAACGGAGAACGUUCUCCAGGGCUUACCUCGGGGCAAUGAACGGGGUUCCGCACGAAGAGGUAAACGCGGAUGAAGUCGAAGACCUUGUCAAAGAAGCUGAUGCCUAUUCUCUGGCGUCGCACCUCCUGUGGGCUAUGUGGGCGCUACUGCAAUCGAAGGCAAGAGAGAGCUCAAAGGGUUGUUUCUCUGUCCCGUUUUGUCGCGACACUCGCGACGUUCUCUCUUCCUCGCGCGAAAAACCGCGUCCUCGACAGCAGCACCUGAGGUGCUGAGUACAGCCACCCUUGCUGUGAUACUCCUACUCCGAUAGGCGCUACUCUGUAGCAUGUCACAGCGGUUUGUGCUGGUGGCAUGCGUAAACAGCAGGAUCCGCGGCAAAGCGCACACAAGACUACUGAAAACAACCGCUGAUUACUGCUGGUGACGUACAAGAACGUGGCGAGAUGCAUGUCGUUACUGCUCAGCUGCAUGGCACCAUGUGUACCUUGCGCAUCAGGUUGUAGACUGCGGCGGGGCGUGGUUCGUGUACUUUAGUGUACCAUUUGUCGAUCCCGCGGCAACAUCAUGUGCGAUGGUGGGAUACAUAGCAGCGUGAAGCCCCGGACUACUGUCGAAGUAGUAGAGCCCCGGACUACUAUUAUGACUACCGUGCUUUUUCUGCGUAUCAUGGAGCCUUUGGGCCUCAUCAAGUACCCCGGAGUCGCAUGCGGUACAGUCUAGGUAUAGCAAGCAGCUUUCACGCCCGAAGCAGGGUCUAGUCGCCUGCAGUAAAACGCCGCUCGCUACAGGAAAGAACGAACCCUGCGUUCUUGCAUGUUCAGCCGACGCGGCGAUGCUACUGCUGUACCCGACACUCACAAUCACGAUGGUACACGAAGAACGUGCUUUGACUUAGUAGGUAGAUGACAGAAGAAUACACAUGGCGCCCGCACUUGGGAACCUCUAGUUUCGGCCGAGGCUUGAUUUCUUAUUUUGCUGAUCAGCUGCUUGUGGGCUACAAAUGACCGCUAUAGUCUACAGGUUUUAGUGUGGGGUUCUUAACCGAGCUCACAAAUGGUGCUCACGUUCUUCGCUUCUGAUUUUUUGCGAGUCUCAAUUUAUUAUCUGCUAGACUAAUCCUUAAGUGCGGGCGCCAUCUGUAUGGACUAGUCUAGUCUAACUAAUAAGGAGCGUGGAUGUAUUCAAUGAUCAUUGAUACAGCGCGGUGUGAAAAGCAAGAAAGACAGCUGUAAAUGUGGGAUUUUUCGAAAGUAGAAGUAGUCUAGUGAUGUGUGCUCUACACGCCCGCAACAUGCCGUGCGCCGAUGGAGACUUGCGCAAACAGCCGGAUGCGGGCACUCCAGUGGCAUGCUUGGCAUGGUGGCUGCGGUGUACGCCUGCACCUGAUGUGUGGGGAGGUGGAGGUUCUCGAUGGCAUCGAGAUGCUGCACCGCACCUGCCACGAGUGUGCAUCUAAGAACAUGCAGGCUUCCCCAUCCGUCUCGAAUCCACCAAACGAAAAAGAUAAAUAUUCUAGAGGUCGAUGGGGCUGGAGAAGUUGGCAGUGCGGGGGGUGGGGAGGUGAUGAUGGCGCCGCCGCCCUACUCGGAGUAAUCGUAGCAUUUUGGAUCGCUUCAAGAGUGUGAGGAGUCGUGGACUAAGCGAGGCAGCGCACCAUCUUGGCAAGGCAAAGAUGCUGUUCAUCGAAGCACACUCAACGAAACCAGCGCGACAGAUGGACAUCAGAGACAUGUUGAGUUAAACUUGAUCGGCAACACGCGACAGAAGCAGAAUGAAGUCACUAGCAGCGCGAGGUUCUUUUCCACUUGGGCGUUCACGAACUCUCUCCGUGCCAUCAGGGGUGUUUGAUAUUAUUGUGUUUUGGGUGACGUUGCCAUAACGUUUUCCCCUCUUUCGCUUUUUUUUUUCGAAUUUCGCAGAUCGGACCUUAAUGUGUUGUUGUUGUUGUUGUUUCUCACAUUAGCUCUAUAGACUAGUCCAUGAAAUAUGGCGAGCCCGUGGGCUCAAAACCCGGCACAUACGACGCCGCGGGGAAACAAAACAAAAAUAGGGUACAAACCACUCGGAAAAAGAAAAAUGAUAAAAGAAAAUAUCAGGUAUCGCACCGACCGUUCGAGAAAAGAGCCCUCGGAAACCGAUCAAAAUAAAACAAAAACUAAAAUAAAAACUAAAAUAAAGGAGGACGCUUGGGUUGGUGUGUUUGUGUGUUGAUCUAGCACAUGUAUGUCGGGACAGAUUAUUGUGCAUGCGCGAACAUAAAAGACAAAGGACACCCUCUACACUUGUUGUUGAGACAUUCCCUACAGACGACGGAGGGUACAACAAGCAUGCUGGUUGACUAGAAUGAAUACCGUAGGAACUAGGCUUCUCCCCGGUUGUCCACCCCAAGGUACUUCUUCUUUCUUCCUCUACCUUCAUGUGACUGCUGCAAUACGACGUAUACAUAAUAACCCGAUGAUCAAGAAUAUUUCCUUGACAAGGCCUGUUUAGUCCCACGAAAUGGCCCUAUUUCCCGGUUUAGCGACCGCGAGAUGCUGUUGAGGGUCCCGGUUUAGCGAUUGGUCGCUAAACCGGUUUUAGCGACGUGCCCUGAACAGCGACCAUACUUCGUCGUGACACUAGGGGUCGC